CAGCCGAGCGCCCCCGCGGUAGCCACCAGCCUCACGGCUGCAUUCGUUGUUCUCUCGAACAACAUGAAGGAGGCCAAGCAAGAGGUCGACAGCCUCAACAGGACCGGCAACGAGCUGAUAGCUGAUCUAGUGGCUACGUUGAAGGCCGCCAUUGCGCAGACGUCCGAUAUUCAGAUGACGACGGUCUUGACGGCGGGGCUGGCCAAGGUUGAGGUGGUGCAGCCCCCACAGCAGGUCGCGUCGCCAGCUGACGAGGCUCGGCGAACGGACGCUGCAUGGAGGGAUGCGGAGGUGAAGCAUGAUCAGGCGGCCAAGGAAGUCCAGCGAUUGCGUGAUCAACUAGUGCAGGCGGAGGCCAAGGAGCAGCUAGCGGCCAGGACGCUGGCGCAGGCCACCAUCGCCAAGUCACAGGCCGCGCAAGCUCUCGCCAAGGCGGAGGGCGUGUUCAUCGAUCCCGACAACGCUGACGGUGACGGCAAGGGUCCCAAGCCCUUGUUCCACCUGUCCUGGGACCAGGAGCUUUUCACCAACAUUGACCAGCUCGAGUGCGAGCAGAGCGAGAAGGAAGCCUUGGCGCAACUAGAGAAGGAGCCAUCGGCGGAGCAGAAGGCAUCACAGGCAGCAGCCGACGAGCAGCGGGUGAGCAAGGUGCAGGCCGAGGCUGAGCGCCUGUCCCGUGCCAAGUUCGCGGCGCUGAACGCCAACCAGCAGACGCGUGAGGGCAAGGGCAAGAACGGGUCCACCGCGGGGGCGACGAUCGGCAACGGCGUGGACAAUCAGCCCCAGCCUCAGGACAUCGCGGUCGAACGGGACGAGGUGCACACGAGGCUUUAUGGGGAUGUCUUGGAGGCCAUCGACCCUCAGAAGACCAGGGGGGCCCAGCAGGAGCCCGAGGACCCCAGCGUGAUAUGGCUCCAGUAUUUACAGUGCAGGAGGUCAGAGUCUCGGAGCAGCACCGAGCAGUUCCUCUGCGCGAUCAGGGCCAUGAGACAAGAUCCCGUACCCAGUUUGGAAAUAUGCGACGGAUCGGCCAUUCCCUACCAUCCGAAGGAUAUAGUUGAUCUCAAGCCAGACAAGUGGCAUCGCAAGUGGGCCCCGCCCAUUUCCGACCCCGACGAGGCCACCAAGGGGUCGGCGGCGCAGGUCAGGCGCGACAUGAUCGAAUGUCUAGUCACCACAGCUCGCAUGCUCAAGGUGCAAGGCCUCAGCGUCGCGUCCAAGUCCGUCGCCAUGUGCACGAAGCUCGGGUUGGCCAAGGAUAUCGUCAGAGCGCCCAAGCUCAGAGGAGUCGCGAUGACGGCGGCGAAACAUACCAGCUACCUUGGAGUCGACCAAGGUGCUGGAGUUCGUCACGCUCGGGAGCAGCGCGUCAAGCGCAGCGCCAAGCACCUCGUUAGACAUCGUAAGGUGGCCAAGUACGUCAAGACCCUCAGGAGAACCAAGAUCACUUCGCGGCUGGAGAGGCAGGGGGCCCAAGCUGCAGGUCGCUGCCUCGCGACGUUGCUCGAGUUGGAGGCCAAUUCGCUCGACCCUGCGCAGCGGUUCAUCACUGGCACUUUUCGGCAGUGGCUCACCAACUGGCGCCGGCACCCAGAGGCGCGACCAGGUAUUAUUCGGGCGUGGGAUAAGGUUCGCCUGAGGCUGGAGGCCAUGCCCCACUCCCAGAGGCGAGUGCAAUGGUCCAGAACCCUGCUGAUGCGUGGAAGAUAUUCGGCAAUGCCGCCGCGGAUGAGUUGGUUCGACUCGCGGCCUUGGAAGUUCGAUUGGAUGCAUCUGUGCGAUCCAGAUUGUUGCAGCUGGAAUGUGAUGUAUUUCUUAUUCGGCAAAGGCUACUUCGAGCGGCUUUUGAAUGUGUACGUGCAGGAGCGAGUACGAAAG